AUGAGGUUGAUUAGAGAGUUGUUUGAUUUUUCAGGAGCAGAAGCUAUUACUUAUGUCCCGUUAGUGGAGGAUGUUGUUGUUGACCGUUUGGUAUGGAGGGAAGAGAAAGAUGGGCAUUAUAGUGUUCGUUCUGGUUAUCGCAUCUGGAAAAGUAGUAAGAAGCCUCCUAGCCAGGAGAAUAUUGAGGUUAAUUGGAAUGGUUUGUGGUCUAUCAUUGCUCCCCCACGUGCGAAACACCUUCUAUGGCGGAUUUGCUCGGGUUGUUUGCCUUCCCGGGUCCGACUACGACAACACCAUGUCCCUUGUCCUAUUAUGUGUCAAUUUUGUGGGGAGGAGGAGGAGGAUGAUUGGCAUGUGUUUUUUGGAUGUCUUGAGACUAUCGAGUGUUGGAGAACAGCAGGUUUGCAUGACACUAUAGCACCCUUCCUUCAUCAUUGUAAUGACAUUCGAUCUCUUAUUCUAAACUUGUGUAAUAGGGAGGAUAGGAAGGCAGCGGGACGCUUUGUUAUGAUGAUUGAGUUAUUGUGGCAUAACAGGAAUGACUUUAUUUGGAAUAAUGAGAAGGAGGAAGUGUCAAGGCUUGGAACUACUAAUAGAGGUUGGUGUAUCCGAGAUAACUUGGGGAAUUUUGUUAAAGCAAGUGUAGCUUGGGAUGUUGGAUCGUUUUAUAUCCUUGAAGCAGAAGCGUUGGCCUUAAAGGAAGCUAUCCAAAGUGCUUUAACCCUUCAUAUUGACAUUGUUAUCUUCGAAGGUGAUUCUCUUCAAGUUGUCCAAGCUAUUCAUUCUAAUACCAUCGGUGGUUCUGAAUUUACUUUUAUUAUUCGCUCUAUUAAAUCUUUACUUUGUAAUUUCACGAACUUUGAGGUUAAGUUCAUUAAGCGUCAAGCGAAUAUGGUUGUCCAUUGUCUUACAAAGGCGGCCAAUUCUUGGCCUCGACGCAGUCAUGUUAACAGUAUUCCUCGUUGUAUUGACUCUAUCCUUAUGAAUGAAAGAAGUUAA